AAAAAUAUCGACACUUGCGUUGAGGAGUCAGAGCGAGAUGGCAAAGAAACUGCACUAUUUCCACCUCAAUGGACUUGGCGAGUCCAUCAGGUACAUCCUCCACUACGCUGGAGAGAAGUUUGAAGAUAUCAGAUACGAUUAUUCUAAAUGGCCGAUUAAGGAAGUAAAAGACUCCCUGCCCUACGGCCAGCUCCCUCUCUACGAAGAAGGCAACAAGAGUCUGAACCAGUCUCUGGCCAUCGCCCGGUACCUCGCCAGCAAGGCCAAUCUCCUGCCCGCAGACGCCUGGCAGCAGGCUGUCUUGGAUGCUACAGUUUUCAACAUCUACGACUUCUGGAGCAAUUGUAAAAAAAUCAUUUUUGAGAAAGAUCCCGAGAAGAAAGCAGCCAUCAAAAAGGAAAUCCUCACCGAAAUAGUUCCGUACUACUUCUCAAGAUUCGAGAAAGAGCUGAAGGCAGGCAACGGAUUCUUUGGUGGAAAGCUGACUUGGGCUGACUUCAUCUUCAUCGGCAUCAUCGAGACCGCCAACCUGUUCAUCGACGCAACCAUCGAGCAGGACUACCCCACCGUCGUGGCUUUGCUUAAGAAGAUCCGCUCCCUGCCAGGAGUUAAGGAAUAUAUCGCGACCAGAAAGCCAUACACUGUCUGAUUAAAAAGUUUUUAUAA